AUGUCGAACCCGGCCGUCGGAAACGUCUACCAAGCCAUCAUUGACGAGGUUGUCAAUAGUUCGCGAGUUGAUUUCGAGGAGAGCGGCGUUGAAGAAUCAGUGCUAGAAGAGCUGCGACAGGGAUGGCAGCAAAAGCUCACCCAGCUUCAUGUCGCUCAGUUUCCUUGGGACCCCAAGCCCGACCCCCCCGCACAAGCUCCGCCGCCUGCUGUUCCACCAGCUCAAACUCAUGCUCAGGCUCAAUUCUCGCCUCAGCUAAGCAACCCAACUGGCCUUUCUUUACCGGGAAUGGCCCAACCCCAGGUGCAGAAUGGUAUCAAGCCUGAAGGCAACAACAUCAAGACCGAGCCUCACGUACCUAUCAAGCAAGAGCCCGGCUUGCAGGGUAACCCGAUGGCCUACCAACAGUACAACAACAACACCAACAUCAACAUGAAUGACAACAAUGUAGCUGCCAAUCGUGCUGCUCAGCAAUUGCAGGCUCAGUAUGGGCAGCGAGCAGCCAGCUCUAUCAACGCCCUUCAUCAGCAACAAGGCCACUCUCAACAGAACCAGCAACAGCAACAGCAACAACAACAACCAGCUCUGCCGCAGCCACAUCAGCAGCAACAACCCGGUCUGACCCAGCAACAACACCAGCAGCAGCAGAUGUAUCGUCAGCAAAUGGCCGCCGCAACUGCCCAACAGCAACAGCAACACCCGGCCAACGGCCAGCCCCACAUUCAAAACGGUCAGACUGACGGCACUGGCGAUCUGGAAGACUUUGAGGGUGUGCUAAUGCAACGAGCUGCUGAUGGCAAUUUGCAUGAACUCGGGCGAGUUGAGAUUGACCGUAUGCUGCAUGAACAAAUCCUUGCCAAGGCCAAGAGCAUGGAGGGCGGCGGUCUGAUGCUUCCUUUGAAAGAGGCAACUCGAACUUCGUCAGCCCCGACAUCACGCGUGGUCAAGGGCAAACAACCUGCCACAUACGAUGGAGGUGAUGAUGACGACGAAGAUGAUGAAGACGCCAUCAACUCUGACCUUGAUGACCCAGAAGAGGACCGAGACGACGAUGAUGUUGAUGAUGAGGGGCUUGGCAAUAUCAUGCUGUGCAUGUAUGACAAGGUUCAGCGUGUCAAGAAUAAGUGGAAGUGCACUCUUAAGGAUGGAGUUUUGACCGUCAACGGCAAGGAGUAUGUCUUCCACAAGGCUACUGGCGAAUAUGAGUGGUGA